AUGGAUAACAAUAACUUUAAUCAAAAUAUUCUAACACUAAAAUGUGUAAAUCAUUAGAAUUUUUAAGCAAAAUACUUUUGUCUAAGUCCAUAAUGUCAAUAAAGAAGACUUAUUUGUUAAAAUUGUCUAAAUGCAAUCCAUUAAUAACAUUUUGAUUAAGUUAAAUAAAUUUCAGAUUUGUUCAUAUUAUUAGAUGAGAAAUCUUAAUUAGCAGAAUAAUUUUUAAGAUAAUAUUUCAAUUAAUUUAAAGAACUUUAAGAAAUUUUUAGUAGAACUAUAAAAGCAUUAUAAUAUACUUUCGGAAAACUAUCAGAUUAAUUAUUAGAAAUGGAUUAAAAUUAAACUAUAUCAUUUCUUGAUUAAUUAAUAAAUUUUGAUGCAAUUAAUGUGUUUUUAAGAGAUUAAGUAUCAAAUAAAUUAUUAAAAAUCUCUGAAAUGUUGAGUUAAAUAUUAUAAAAGUUACCUUUACAAAACAUCUCAUAUAGGAUGCCAAGAUAAUUAGAAUAAUAUUUGUAAUAGGGUAUAAAUAUUAAAAUAAUUUAUUAGGUCAACAAUUAAGGUAAUAAAAUCUUAAUAAAGAGGCAGUUAUCUUAUUCGAUAAAAUUCUAUAAUAAAAUCCAUAUAAUAUAUAGAUUAUGUUAGAAAAAGGUAAAAGUUUUUUAUAAUUUAAUAGGAGAAUGCUUAAUUGAAUAGAAUUUAUUACAUGAAGCAUAAUUUCAAUUUUAAGAAAUACUUUAUUUAGAUCCUCGACACAAAUAAGCGUUAUAUAAAAAUGGUAAAUUAUAUUUAAUUCUAUUUAGGUAAUUGCUUACUUAAAUGCAAUAAAUAUGAUGAAGCUAUUAUUUAAUUUAAAAAAUGCUUAAAUAUAGAAUAAAAUAACUUUGAGGCUCUUUUAGGCUUAGGUAAAUCUAAAGAAUAUUAGAAGCUGAAACUUUAAGAAAAAUGAACCAAUUAAUUUAAGCCAAUUAAUAAUAUGACAAAGCUAUUAAGAUUAAUUAAUAGAGUUAAUAGGCUUUUUAUGGAAAAGGUAUAAAAGAUUAUGUAAAUUUAAAGCGGAAUGUUUAAAAUUAUUGAAUGAUUUUAUUAAUUCUGAGGAAAUGUAUAAGAAAUCCUUGACAAUAAAUUCAAAACACUUUGAUUCAUUAUUUGGUUUAGGUAAAAAUUGAACUGAUAUUAUUAGCGGAUUGUUUAAAAAGAUCUAAAUAAUUUUAAGAGGCUAUCAUAUAUUAUGAUCAGUCUUUGUAAUUCAAUCCAUAAAAUCCAGAAUUAUUGGAAGGAAAAGGUUAUUUUCCAUUUGAAUUUAGCUACUUGUUUAAGAACUAUUGGUUUUAAUACUGAAGCAGUUCCAUUAUAUUAAUAAGCAUUAAAAUACGAUCCUUUUUCAGCUGAGAUUUUGAAAGGACUUGGUUUUAUCCAUAAUUAAUUAAUAGGAGCAAGCUUACGAAACUUACACCAAUAUAAUGAGGCGAUUACAUUCUUUGAAAGAGCGUUAGAAAUCAAUCCAAAUUCUUCUGUUUCUUACAGGGGGAAAGGUUUUAAAUUUAAAGAUAAUAGCUGAGUGUUUGAGGUUGUUAAGAAAAUGGGAUGAAGCACUUGUAAAUUAUACUUAGGCUUUAAGAUAUGAUACUAGAUAGUUUGAAGCUGCAUAUUUUAAAAGUAAGUAUUAUUUUUAGGUUAAUUAGCUUAGUUAGAAUACAUUAUAUAAUAAUUGAGAAAUCAUGAAUAAAAUCUUUCUAUUAAUCCUCAAAACUUCUAUUCUAUUUUUGGAAAAGGUUUUAUUAUAAUAGUAAUUUAGCUGAGUGCUUAAGAUUGUUAAAUGAUUAUGAAGAAGCUGAAAAAUUUUAUGCUUUGGCAAUAAAUCUUAAUCCCUAAUAUUAUAAUUCAUUCAUAGGAUAUGGUAUAAGCAUAAAAAAUGAAAAAUUUAGGUUGGUGUUUAGCUAUAAAAAAUAAAAUAAAGGAAGCAUUAGAUUAAUAUAAUAAGGCAUUAAAAAUUAAUGAAUAUGCAGUAGAUGCAAUUUGGGGGAAAGGUUAUAUUUUAAAAGAACUUUAGGGGAAUGUUUAAGAUUGAUGAAGGAUUUCAAGCAAGCUUUGAAUUAUUAUAAGAAAGUUCUAAUUUUAUAUCCUAAUCACUAUAUUUCAUUAAGUGGUAUAGGUAAUUAAUUACAAAGUAUUUUAGCUGAUUGUUUAAGAAUGACUUAAUAAUUUGAUUAAGCUUUAGAUUAAUAUUAAAAAAUACUGCAAUUUUAUAGUAGACCAUGUUUAUUAUAUGGAAAAGGUAUAAAUUUAUUUGAAAUAAUAGCCAUUUGUCUAAUGAAUUAAAGAAAGUAUUAAGAAGCUUUAUAAGCGCUAAGUUUAGCAAAAGGCUUAGCACCUUCAAAUUAAUAUAUUGAAAAAGCAAUUUGUAAGAUAUUAUGCUUAUCAUUUAGAGUUUUGUAAAACCCUAUAAUAAAUUCCUUAAAUUUGUUAGAUUAUACUUAGUCUUAAUGGAGUAGGAAUUAACUAAAAUUAAAAUUAAUGA